GGACGCUCCGCAAACUUUGCGUUUUAUUGUUUCUAGUCCUUUUUGUGCAAGGGACAGUCUUGGGGAAGCAAAAUGUCCUUCUUCAAUUUCCGUAAGAUCUUCAAGUUGGGGAGCGAGAAGAAGAAGAAGCAGUACGAGCACGUGAAGAGGGACCUGAAUCCCGAAGAGUUUUGGGAAAUUAUAGGAGAAUUGGGCGACGGAGCCUUUGGGAAAGUGUACAAGGCCCAGAACAAAGAGACCAAUGUCUUAGCUGCUGCAAAGGUGAUUGACACCAAAUCUGAAGAAGAACUUGAAGAUUACAUGGUUGAGAUUGAUAUAUUAGCCUCUUGUGAUCACCCAAACAUAGUUAAGCUUCUAGAUGCCUUCUAUUAUGAGAACAAUCUCUGGAUCCUCAUUGAAUUUUGUGCAGGGGGAGCAGUAGAUGCUGUGAUGCUUGAACUUGAGAGACCAUUAACUGAGUCCCAAAUACAAGUAGUUUGCAAGCAGACUUUAGAGGCAUUGAAUUACCUACAUGAUAAUAAAAUCAUCCACAGAGAUCUAAAAGCUGGCAAUAUUCUUUUUACCUUAGAGGGAGACAUUAAAUUGGCGGAUUUUGGAGUAUCAGCUAAAAACACCAGGACGAUUCAGAGAAGAGAUUCCUUUAUUGGCACACCAUAUUGGAUGGCUCCUGAAGUAGUCAUGUGUGAGACAUCAAAGGACAGACCUUAUGACUACAAAGCUGACGUUUGGUCCCUGGGUAUUACUUUAAUAGAAAUGGCUGAGAUAGAGCCACCUCAUCAUGAGUUAAAUCCAAUGCGAGUACUGUUAAAAAUAGCAAAAUCUGAGCCACCAACAUUAGCACAGCCAUCAAAAUGGUCUUCAAGUUUUAAGGACUUUCUCAAGAAAUGCUUGGAAAAGAAUGUGGAUGCCAGGUGGACCACAUCUCAACUACUGCAGCAUCCCUUUGUUACUGUUGAUUCCAACAAACCAGUCCGAGAACUGAUUGCUGAGGCAAAGGCUGAAGUAACAGAAGAGGUUGAAGAUGGCAAAGAGGAGGAUGAUGAUGAGGAAGCAGAAAAUUCUCUGCCAAUACCUGCAAGUAAACGUGCCUCCUCCGACCUCAGUAUUGCCAGUUCUGAAGAAGAUAAACUUUCACAAAAUGCUUGUAUUUUGGAAUCUGUGUCAGAAAAAUCAGAACGUAAUACUUCUGAAGAUAAAUUUAGCAACAAAAUUCUUAAUGAAAAACCUACUAUUGAUGAGCCAGAAAAGACCGAGAAGGGUAUUAAUGAACAUGCACAGGAUGCUGAUUUAAAAGCUGUGGCUGACCUCCAUGAUAAAACAGAGAGAAUCUGUGAGAAUGGGAGAGAGAAGAAGAGACCCAAGCUUGAAAAUCUAGCUGACAAAGAAGACCAAGAAACUGUGGAAAUUAAUUCAUUCGGUGAAGGAAAUGAGAAUACUAUAAUAACUUUAGAAACAAAAACUAACCAUCUGAAACCUGAGGAAGAAAGGGAAGGUGAAAACCAGCAGAUGUUAGAGAAUAAACUUACACAAUUUGAAGAAACUAAAGAUUCUUGUAUUCAAACAAUGGAUCUGAUUUCUCAAGAGACAGGAGAAAAGGAGGCAGAUAUUCAGGCAAUUGACAGUAAAGUUGGGUUUACAAAGGAAGACUCCCAAGAGAAACCAAGAAAAGAGGAUAAAAUGCAAAAAGUUGUAAUCCCUAAUACAAGCAGUGAGGUAGGAACAAGGGAGGCAGUAGAUGUUACUCAGGAGGCAGUUGAAAACAGUUCUGAGGAUGCUCCAAGGACUGCUGGAACGGAAGUGGUUGAAGUAACUCAGGAUUUCAGAAAUAAGCCCACAGAGGCCCCUGAGGUUAGUGGUGCUGAAGUGCCUCCUAGUCAAGAAAUAGUUGAGAAUAAGGAGGCAGAUAAAAAAUCUGCAGUAUGUAUACAUGAGGAGCAAUUAACUAACAACUCAGAGACCGUAUUGGAGACUGUUGAGGAACCAGGGACAAAUGAAAUUGAGGAAGUUACAGAGCCCAGUAGCACCGAAGGAAUAGAAGUGAGAAGUGUAGUGAUCGAUACUGAUGAGAGGGAUCCAGGAAGUGAAACUUGGGAUGCUCAGGAAGCUGCUGCUGAGAUAGCAUUAGAGAAAAAAGAAAUCCCACAUCAGGUGCCAAUCACAACAGAGCCUCAAGUUCUUGCAGCUUCACAGCCCAGUGAACCUCAGCCUGUUCCUAUACCCAGUAUUAAUAUUAACUCUGAAGAUACAGAAAAUAAAGGAGAAAUGGGUACUUUACCAAAAACUGAAACCAUCCUGCCACGAGAAUCUGAAAGUCAAAAGGAAAAUGACACCGAUUCAGGCACUGGCUCCACUGCUGACAAUAGCAGCAUUGACUUGAAUUUGUCCAUCUCCAGCUUCCUCAGUAAAACUAAAGACAGCGGCUCCAUAUCAUUACAAGAAACAAGAAGACAAAAGAAAACAUUGAAGAAAACACGCAAAUUUAUUGUUGAUGGUGUAGAAGUGAGUGUAACAACGUCCAAGAUAGUUACAGAUAGUGAUUCCAAAACAGAGGAAUUGCGGUUUCUCAGACGUCAGGAACUUCGAGAAUUAAGAUUUCUUCAAAAAGAAGAGCAGCGAGCCCAACAGCAGCUCAACAGCAAGCUACAGCAGCAACGAGAGCAAAUUUUCAGGCGCUUUGAGCAAGAAAUGAUGAGUAAAAAGCGACAGUAUGACCAAGAAAUCGAGAAUCUAGAAAAGCAGCAAAAACAGACAAUUGAGCGACUAGAACAAGAACACACAAAUCGCUUGCGAGAUGAAGCCAAACGCAUUAAAGGAGAGCAAGAGAAAGAGCUGUCCAAAUUUCAGAAUAUGCUAAAAAACCGGAAGAAGGAGGUUAUAAAUGAAGUGGAGAAAGCACCCAAAGAGCUGAGAAAAGAGCUCAUGAAACGCAGGAAAGAGGAGCUUGCGCAAAGCCAGCAUGCUCAGGAGCAAGAAUUUGUUCAGAAGCAACAACAAGAAUUAGACGGCUCCCUGAAAAAGAUCAUCCAACAGCAGAAGGCAGAGUUGGCCAAUAUUGAGAGAGAGUGCCUGAAUAACAAACAGCAGCUUAUGAGAGCUCGAGAAGCUGCAAUUUGGGAGCUUGAAGAACGACACUUACAAGAAAAACACCAGCUGCUUAAACAGCAACUUAAAGAUCAGUAUUUCAUGCAAAGACAUCAGCUACUUAAGCGCCAUGAGAAGGAAACCGAACAAAUGCAGCGUUAUAAUCAACGGCUUAUUGAAGAACUGAAAAACAGACAGACUCAAGAAAGAGCAAGACUACCCAAGAUUCAGCGUAGUGAAGCCAAGACUCGAAUGGCCAUGUUUAAGAAAAGUUUGAGAAUUAACUCAACAGCCACACCAGAUCAGGACCGUGAAAAAAUUAAACAGUUUGCUGCACAAGAAGAAAAGAGGCAGAAAAACGAGAGGAUGGCUCAGCAUCAAAAGCACGAGAAUCAAAUGAGGGAUCUCCAGUUGCAGUGUGAAGCUAAUGUCCGAGAGCUGCAUCAGCUACAGAAUGAGAAAUGCCACCUGUUGGUUGAGCAUGAGACUCAGAAACUCAAGGAAUUAGAUGAAGAGCACAGCCAAGAAUUAAAGGAGUGGAGAGAGAAAUUGAGACCUCGGAAAAAGACACUGGAAGAAGAAUUUGCCAGGAAAUUGCAGGAACAGGAAGUGUUCUUUAAAAUGACUGGGGAGUCUGAAUGCCUUAACCCGUCAACACAGAGCCGGAUUUCCAAGUUCUACCCUAUUCCUACCUUGCAUUCCACUGGCUCGUAACAAUGGGAAGCAUCCUGUGCUUGGAUUUAGCCUCUUGUAUGUCAUUGCAGUCUCUUCAUCUUCUGUCCCAGUGUGUAUUGCUCACAAAGACAAUCACCUGUCUCAUUUUCUAGGCGUUUUUUUUUUUUUUUUUUUUUUUUUUUUUUUUGAUUUUUGUGGUUUGUUCAGCAAAGAUGAAUGGGAAACGAACUGAGGCAGAUGCUAGGCCAUGUUAGUAGCAUCUUGUACUAUUCCCUAAGAUGAUUUGUAUAUUAACCUUAAAUAUUGUAUUCUUUAGACACUGUUACUGAAAACUGUCAGAGAAAUAAUGUGUAAAGUUAUUAAAGAAAACCCUGUUACAUCACUAAAAGUAUUAAUAAAUACUGUUUUACCUGACUAACUUCUCAAUGAUGCCUAAAUUCUAUAGUUGGACUUCUGCUGUAGAGAGUUGGAGUAAUUUUCUUUUGGUAAAUCAGCUCUCAUUAAAAAAAAAAAAACAA